AUGGACGCCGCCCAGGACAGCGACAAUGCCCUCCCACUCACCGGCGCCCAGGAGACGCUCCUCGUCACUCUCCUCGCCAAGUACAACGACUUCUACCAGCCGCGGCCGCUCCUCACCGACCGCUGGGCCGUCGCCGUCAUCGACCACCUCGGCGCAGAGCAGCACGCCGCGCUCACGGCGCGCAUUUCCCGCGGGCCCACGUCGCACCCGGCGACUGUCACAAUGCGCGCCCGCACCAUUGACAACUGGGCGACCGACUUUCUGGCCUCGCACAGCAACGAGCCCGUGACAGUCGUCCAUCUCGCCUGUGGGCUGGACGCGCGCGCGCUGCGUCUGCGCGGCAAGUGUAGCGACAAAGGCGUGCGCUGGGUCGACCUCGAUCUGCCCGAGGUCAUUGAUGCCCGGCACCGCGCUUCGGCCGCCAUGCCGAGUCCGCCUGGAGGGCGUGGAUACUCGUAUGAGAUGGUGGCGGCGGACGCGACGGCGACGGAGUGGCUGCAGGCGAUACCCGCCGACCGCCCGACGCUCAUCAUCAUGGAGGGCCUGAGCAUGUAUCUAGGCGUUGAGGCCGCGGAGGCGCUCAUGCAGCGGCUUGUGAGUCACUUUGCAGCACGUGGCGGGGAACUGGUGCUUGAUACCAUGUCCCCCCAGUUUGCGGCAUUCAUGAACUGGGUCAUCCGGGUGCAGAAGAACUUUGACUUUCAGUUUGGGUACACGCUCAGCAGUCCGGCAGAGAUUUUGAGAUUGAAUGAGCGGCUGCAGAUAGUGGAAGGACACACCUUCACGGACAAUCCGGCUAUCAAGCUGUUGGGCUGGCAGCCCCGUGUAUUUCUGUGGGUGAUGUCAUGGAUUCCGUAUGCUGGUGCAUUGUCUCGCUUUAUGCGCUUCAAGAUGUGA